AUGGAAAAAGAACAACUUGAUGGUAAGACAAUAGUAGAAUACUGUAACACUGCAAUGGAUUCCUCAGCGGAAAACAGUACGUAUGUAAACAAAGUGUGGGUUCAGUGUGAGAACGAAAGCUGUUUGAAAUGGAGAUCGUUGUCAAGUGAGGAUGCAGCCAAAGUUGAUCACAAUAAACCAUGGUACUGCUUCAUGAACAUUGAUUCAAGAUACAAUAAGUGCUCUAUUUCUGAAGAAGACUUUCCUGAAGAGGCUCAGCUUCAUGAAAGUGGAUUUAAGAUUGUCUAUUCACAGCUCCCUCUUGGAAGCCUGGUUUUGGUAAAAUUACAGAAUUGGCCAAGUUGGCCGGGGAUACUUUGCCCAGAUCCUUUUAAAGGGAAAUACGUGAUCUACGACCUGGAUGGAAAUGUUGAACAAUAUCACAUAGAAUUCCUGGGUGAUCCCCAUUCAAGAUCAUGGAUAAAUGCAACAUUUGUUGGACAUUAUAGUAUCACAUUAAAGCCAGAAAAAUGUAAGAAAAAAAAGAAAUGGUAUAAAAGUGCACUACAAGAAGCCUGCCUCCUCUAUGGAUAUUCUCAUGAGCAAAGACUGGAAAUGUGCCGCCUAUCCAAACAGGAUAAAUCCAAGGCAGAUGGCAAAGUUGCUGUGGUAGCCAAGAAAAGGAUGCAAGUUUCCAAAAACACUACUGAAAAGAAGAAGCCCAAAUUUAGAAGAAGGAAAAGGAAAGCUAUUUUUAAAUGCUCUUUUGAAAAUGUUUGUUCAGAUGAUGCCUUAUCAAAGGAAAACAUGGUUGUCUGUGAGACAGAGGUUAUGCUGAAAGAGCUGGAGCAAAUGCUGCAACAGGCGCUGGAGCCCGCCGCGGCCGCUGAUGAGUCCGAAGAGGAGCGGGAAGAGGAGGUAAAUGGAGGAGCAAAGUUAUCUAAAUGCAACCCUGGAGUUCCAGCAGGCAGUCCAUUUGAAAACCACUAUGAAGAGGACUAUCUUGUAAUUGAUGGGAUAAAAUUAAAAGCUGGAGAAUGUAUUGAAAAUAUAACUAACAAAUUUAAAGAAAUAGAUGCUCUAAUGUCUGAAUUUUAG